CUGACACAUGGAACAAGAGUGGAAAGAGGCUCACAGUUGAAGUCGCUCCAUGAAUAUCAUCCAGAGGCAGAUAAUAUAUGCUGCUGAAACGAGGCCCAGAUGCUCAAGGAUGGAUCAGACACUCUCCGACCAGAGCUCAACUUCAGACCAGCUGGAACCAGACAGUGAGGAGUUCCAGCAAAGAGUGGACUUCUUCAGGAAGCUGGGUUACACCACCACAGAGGUGAAGGCUGCUCUGAGGAAGUUAGACCUGAGCACAGACACCAACUCGGUGCUUGGAGAGCUGGUACGGAGCAGGACCAGCACAGCACCUUUCAUAUCCAAUACUGACUAUAAUGAGAGGAGCGCAGGCCCAAAAGACCCCUUGCUGCCUGCAAGUUGGACCACCGGACCUCUCAGAAUCACACCACAUCUCGGGGACAAGAAGAAUACAGAGACAGAGUUGAGGCCUGUUGUUAUUGAUGGUAGCAAUGUUGCCAUGAGCCACGGCAACAAGGAAGUGUUCUCAUGCCGAGGCAUCCAGCUGGCAGUAAACUUCUUCCUGGACAGAGGUCAUAAGGCUAUAACUGUGUUUGUUCCCACUUGGCGCAAGGAGCAGCCCAGACCUGAUGCCCCCAUAACAGAUCAACACAUCUUAACUGAGCUUGAGAAAAGGAAAAUAGUGGUCUUCACUCCAUCGCGCCGUGUUGGGGGGAAGCGAGUGGUUUGCUAUGAUGACCGUUUUAUCGUCAAGUUGGCAUAUGAGUCAGAAGGCGUGAUUGUAUCAAACGACACCUACCGUGACCUGCAAGGAGAAAGGCCCGAGUGGAAGAAAUGCAUCGAAGAGAGGCUCCUCAUGUACUCCUUUGUGAAUGACAAAUUCAUGCCCCCUGAUGAUCCUCUGGGACGUCAUGGACCCAGUCUUGACAACUUCCUUAGGAAAAAGCCUCUGCCUACAGAGCAAAAGAGACAGCUCUGUCCAUAUGACAAAAAGUGCACGUAUGGCAUCAAGUGUAAGUUCUACCAUCCAGAGCGGGCAAACCAGUCCUACCUGUCCUUGGCUGAUGAAUUGAGAGAGAAAGCUCAGAUUUCUACUAUAAAUGAUGAAAGAAAUUCCAGAUUAUCACCCAAACAGCUUCAGUCUGAUUCUGGGCCUGGUCGUUACACCUGUCCCUAUCCUCAAGAAUCUAACAUGGAGCACAUAAAAGACCAGCAAAUUUCUUCACAUCCCAGUCUGGUUAGUGAAAAUAAACUGCUGUACUGGGAUGAUCCUAGAAACAGUCCAAAUCUCAUACCGUGCUCUGUAGCAGGAGGCCAGUGUCAGAAAGAGUGGCCCCAGCUGCACUCAGUGCCCAAUCAUUACUAUGCCAACAUCUCUCACGAGUACUUGGAUUCUGGCCUUGGCUCUUAUGAGAGCCAGUACUCUGAUGUUUCGCAUUGCCUCGGCAACUCCCACAGGCUCAGGCCCCAGCAGCAAAGUGCCCUCACUGGAUCCAGACAUGCCUCAGUGCAUUUAGAGAAAAAUAACACCAGCCAGUCCUGCAGGUGUUGCUCCCAGGUAGCACCCCCAACAGCUCACCAGCACGAUCGUAGAAGCAUGGACUCCAAAGGCCAGCUCAAAUACGACACCUACCAUCCUCACAUGCUCCCACCUGGUGUACCACAUCAACACAGCCUUCCCAGCAAUUUCCAGUAUAACGGAGCUCCUCAUCAUCAGCAAAAUUACUGGUCCGAUCCCUUUCAGGGGCUGCACCAUGCCAGGCUAAGUAGUCUCCCCACAGUCCAUUCCUCACACCCCAACAACUCUGGCUGUUCCUAUGAGGGCCAGCAGUACCAUUCCUGGGGCCAAAAACAGCCGCCUAAUGUGGCAUUUAACCAACAAAGGUUGGAACUCCGCAAGAAACUGCAAGCCAUCUUCAACCCGCAUCAGGUGGAUACAGUUAUGGAAAUGUUCCCACAUCUAAUGGACGCUGAGAAACUGGCUGCAGAGAUCUUAAACCUGAAGAUUCAUAAAGGGAUAUUCUGAUCAUCUUUAGUCUUAUUUAACAUGAUAUUAGUGUUUAUUUCAUUUAUAUGUCGAGCCUUUCCGGCAAAGAGAGAAUAUCUUGGGAAGCAUCUAUAGUGUCUAUAGUUUAGUGAUUUUAAAGUUAAUUGCAAAGAUGUUGUGUUUUGUGAAAUGUGUCAUUAUGAAAGUAUAAUUUGCCUUCCCUGUAAAGAACAGUUUAGUUCUUCUGUUCUGACUUUAAUGCAUUUCUAUGACAUUGUAGUCAAAUGUAACCUUGUCAUCCACAUUUUGGAUGAAAAGUGCCUCUAGACCAAUAAUGCUGUAGCUAUGAUUGAGUUUCUAGAGUUUUGAACUGUUGAUACAUAUUGUGUCUGUAUUCAUUUUUAUAUCCAGAAAUUAGUUCUCAUGCAACAAGCAAUUGCUGUACAAAGUAUUACUUUUUCUUUUACUUUCACUGUAGUUCUCCAGAACAGCCCAUUGUUCGAGUUCAUCUCGAAAGUGAAAAAAACAGCAUAUAUUUCGACAUACUGAAGCUAUCCAGUGCAUUCAGUCGGUGUAAUCAAGCAGAGGAUUCCUUCUUACUGUAAAUUCUACACUAACGAGGAAACUGAAUUUGCUGGUGUGUCAUCAUAUUUUUAUGUCAUAUGUUUAUUACAGUGUUGCUGUAACUCUAAACAUGUAUUUGGGUUACUGUGUGAUUGAAAAUGCUGUAAAAAUGUCAAAAUAUGGAAUUUAGUUCUCUAAAUUUAUGUUCUCUAUCAAACCACUUUUUUACAGUACAAGAUCAACUUUUAUUGUGGGCAUGUCAAUAACAAAUGUAAA